AUGUUAAUACAAAGGGGUAAUAAUGGUAUAAAAUUGAUUGAAAAAGUAGUGAAAACCAACUCCAAUUACUCUUCAUGUUCUGUGUCAUUAAAUAAUGAAGAUAUUUCAACCACAAUUUCGGAAGCAUCAACAAAUAUACUCAUAAACCAAAAAACAAGGUCAACCACGGCAUAUCCUAAAAUUCAACAAUAUGUAUCGAAUUUACCAUCUACUAAACUAACAGAAUCAUAUAAUAUCAGCUCAAUCAAUUGUUCUAAGAUUUCAAAAUCAGAAAAUAAUGAAUUAAAGAUUAAACAAGAAAUUAUCAAAUUAGCUGAAAAUUAUGAUUUUAAAAAUUUGUGUGUUGUUUUCAAUGCUUGGAGUGAAUCUAAUCUUGAUGCCAUGAUUGGAACAUUAGGUAGGUCACAAAUAUCAUAUUAUUUAAACUUGAUAAUCUCAAAUUAUAAAAAGAAUUUAAUUGCAAAUUAUAAAAUAUCACCAGUUCUAAAAUCAUUAAAUCGAGUGAAAUUACAAAAGAGUAUAGAUAAAAACUUACCAAUCACACAUAAAGAAGUUAGGGAUAAUAUUAGAAAGAUUUACAAUAGACUAAUAUUCAAUGAUGAUUCACAUUUAUAUGAUAAAUCAAAGAAAUUUAAAGAAGUCCAAAAUUUGUUGAUUUCAGAUUAUGAAAAUUUAAUUGAAUUUGAAUUAAACAAUUUUAAGCCAGAUUUAGCUUCAUUUUGGUUAAAAAAAUUUCAAAAACAAUACAAUCAAGAUCAAAUUACUUCUAAAUUGUGGGAAUUAAUUAUGAAACUUGAAAAUUUGGGUGAUUUUAGAAUUUGGGAUAUUUAUCCUAAUAGAGAAUUAUCAGAUUUAAGAAUAAAUAAUAAAUUCUGUUAUUAUAGAAAUAACAAAACAUUUCUUGAUAUUAAUUGCAUACCCAAUAAAUCAGAUUUAUCAUUAGAUUUUCAUAUCUCAGUGGUUUAUUACUUUGGAUAUACAAAACAAUUAAAAAAUUUAUUCUCAUAUUUGGAAAUUAUAUUGGGUAUAAAUUCUCAAGGUGAAAGAACAGGAACAAUACUUGAUUCGACUCAUAAAUUAUUCCCUGAUGUUAAAUUUCUCAUUGCAUUAUUUCAAAGUUUAAUUUUAAACCUUGAAUUUUAUCAAACUAUAAAUUUUAUAAAUAAAUUUCAGAAUUUAUAUAAUAUAAAUCCAACAAUGUAUGAAAAAUGUAAAAUUUAUGAAAUGAUAUUCAAAUGGGCAAAUUUAAAAACUCAUUUCAUAGAAUCAAAAGCAUUAAAAUAUUAUUGUAAAGAAAUUGGAAUGGAUCAAAGUAUAUCACCAAAUUCAUUAAAAGAUGCUCAAAACAAUAUAAACUUUGACUAUGAAGGCUAUUUACAAUUUAUUGAAAAAUUAAAACAAGAAAGAAUAGAGACCUUUAAACAAUGUUGGAAUUUAAUUAAAAAUGAUGAUGAAUUUCCAUUUUCAAGUUUAAUUUAUAAAACUUAUAUUGAUUAUUAUUUAAAAGAACAAGAAGUAGAGAAUAUAAAUGAGUCUGAUUAUUAUGAAAUUAUGAGAAAUUUACAACUCAAGUAUGAAAAAUAUUUUAUUGAUUCUCAAUCAUUCACUUCUAAUUCAUCAAUUAGAAUUGAUAAACAAAUUAUAACAAUUUACACUGAAAUACUCAAAGAUUUUAUUGAAAUUAAGUUUAAACAAUUUAAAUUUGGUCAAAUUAUACCGUUAAUUAAUGAAUGGAGUUUAGAUGAUGAAAUGAUAAUGGAAUUGAAAUCUUGGAUUCAAAAAGAAAAUUUGAUAAGAACUUAUAAAUUACAACUAGAACAAAAAAGAACAGAAUUUAUAAAUAGUUUACAAAAAUAUGAUAAUGAUGAUUAUGAUGAUAAUGAUAAAAAUGAUGAAAAAUUAUUAAACUUAAUAUAG